CCAUGGCAAUGACAGGCCCCACGCCGUGCUCGUCCAUGAGCAACCACACCAAGGAGCGAGUUACGAUGACAAAGGUGACGUUAGAAAACUUCUACAGCAACCUCAUAGCACAGCACGAGGAGAGAGAGAUGAGACAAAAGAAACUAGAACAAAUGAUGGAAGAAGAAGGCUUAAAAGAUGAAGAGAAAAGAAUCAGGAGAUCAGCUCAUGCACAAAAGGAAACGGAGUUUCUUCGCCUAAAGAGAACAAGGCUUGGAUUGGAGGACUUUGAGUCUUUAAAAGUAAUAGGCAGAGGAGCAUUUGGAGAGGUGAGGCUGGUGCAGAAGAAGGACACGGGGCACGUUUAUGCCAUGAAAAUCCUGCGCAAGGCUGAUAUGCUCGAAAAAGAGCAGGUUGGGCAUAUCCGGGCGGAGCGGGACAUCCUGGUGGAGGCUGACAGCCUGUGGGUUGUGAAGAUGUUCUAUAGCUUCCAGGACAAGCUAAACCUCUACCUGAUCAUGGAGUUCCUGCCUGGAGGUGACAUGAUGACACUGUUGAUGAAGAAAGACACUCUAACAGAGGAGGAGACACAGUUCUACAUCGCUGAGACCGUGCUUGCCAUUGAUUCCAUCCAUCAGCUGGGCUUUAUCCAUCGGGAUAUAAAACCAGACAACCUCCUCCUGGAUAGCAAGGGCCACGUGAAGCUCUCAGACUUUGGUCUGUGUACUGGACUGAAGAAAGCCCACAGGACAGAAUUUUAUAGAAACUUGAACCACAGUCUUCCCAGUGACUUCACUUUUCAGAACAUGAAUUCCAAAAGGAAGGCAGAGACUUGGAAGAGGAAUCGAAGGCAGUUGGUAAGUAGCUUCUCUGGGCAGCCUGUUUAUGUGCUCAGAGCAUCCACUCCUUCCCUGGUCAGUGAGGUCUGCUCUGACCAGCACACUGCAGACUUCAGGAACUGUUUUUGCUUUAUCUGAGUGUAAUUUCAUUUCUUUUCAGGUUACCCACCCUUCUGUUCCGAGACUCCUCAAGAGACUUAUAAGAAAGUGAUGAACUGGAAAGAGACCCUGACAUUUCCUCCAGAAGUUCCAAUCUCUGAUAAAGCCAAGGAUCUUAUUUUAAGAUUUUGCUGUGAAUGGGAGCACAGAAUUGGUGCAUCUGGUGUGGAGGAAAUAAAGAGUAACCCAUUCUUUGAAGGGGUUGAUUGGGAGCACAUCAGAGAGAGACCUGCUGCGAUUUCCAUAGAAAUUAAAAGCAUUGAUGAUACCUCAAACUUUGAUGAAUUUCCAGAAUCUGAUAUCCUUAAACCAACAGUGGCAACAAGCAACCACCCAGAGACCGACUACAAGAACAAAGACUGGGUUUUUAUCAAUUACACCUACAAGCGUUUCGAGGGCCUGACGGCCCGAGGGGCAAUCCCAUCCUACAUGAAAGGAGGGAAGUGACACAGCUUUACCUGGGACUUCUGAGCCGUGGAAUUCUGUUGCUGUACUUUGGGUUUAUACCCAUAAAAGAAUUUUAUUUUUUUUUUUUUAAAGAAAACUUGAGGGCUAUCAACUCUUGGAGGAGACUUCAGGACCCUGUUUUGUUACACGCCUGCUUGUUACUAAGGAUUUUUUUUUUUCCUGCGCCAUUGAAAAAUUCCACAACGUGUUUGCAUCAUCUCUGCUGCCAGCACCUUUUGCUGCUUCAGGAGCAAGAGUUUUUCCUUUUUAAAUCCUUUGCCACAUUGUACAGUCCAUCGGGAGAUGGGAGCCUUCCCUUUGGCAUUGCAAAGCACGGGAUUCUGUAGGAUUGUUUGCCAGUCCUGCAUUUAAGUGACAAACUCACUCUGCCAAUUCUGCCAGCACUGUUUGCCCAGUGGCUGAGGACUCCAGUAACAAAGCAAUAAUUAAAGCUUGAGACAGACAACUCUCCAGGAAACUGUCGAGCAGAAGGACACAACUCGGAUUGCCUUAACCUUAGUUUGUAGUGCUGUUUUUAUAAUGCUUCUUGGAAGCCUCUCAAUAGCAUUUCUCAGCUCUGUCACAGUGGCCUCCAGUCCUGGUGCACUUUACUUUUGGUACUAAGUUACCCUCAAGCCAUUUAAUAUUUUUUCUAAAUUAAGAAAUUGUGCAACACUUUUCCUUCCCUGGAUAGAGGAGAAAUGGGCCAUUCCCUGCUCCGAGCACGGAGUCUUUGGUUACUGUGUGACAGGGGGGAUCUGUAAACAGCCCAGAUAAACCACAGCUGGUCACACUGUGCAUCUGGAAUUAGAGCAGAGGGAGGGAAGUUUCCUGAACCUGAUCCUUGGUGGGUAGGUUGUGCAGAGCUGGCUCAGCCCAAGGCUCCCUUGGCUGGCUGGUGCCAUCUCUCGGCCGUAUCUGAGCUCUGCUACGUCUUCACUGGUUUAAAGACAAAAAAUGUGGCGUUUUUGCUCUUGGUUUUGAGCAGAACAGGAUCAGAAUGUUGCUGAUGGAGGCCUGCCUAGUGUUUCCUUACAGAGCUGCUCUUGCUGUCCUGGCUGAACCAUCUGUCCCGGGAGUCUUCCACAGACUGGGGUCACUUUUGGGGCAGUGGAACCCACCGUGUCCACUCUUAGAUUAUUGCCUACUAUAACUUAUAAAAGUUCUGAUCAGGUUCUCUACAGGAGAGCCCCAAAGUGCCUUUCCUUGCCUAAGCCUCUCUGGGAACAUGGUACCAUUCUGGGAGGGAGGGUUCUGCCUCAGCUGAGCUUUUCCUAAUUCCUUUUUCUAACCACGAGCUCCACGUUGAGUUGAGCCCGUUUGUAGUUAACUCUGCACUUCCAGGGGCAGGUGGCAUUAACCCUUUGGGGCUGCCUGGUUCCAGUCUGUAAUUUGCAAUCAGAUUGAUAAAAAUUAUAACUUUUGGAGGUUUCUAAAAGCAUGUCUCAGUUUGAAUUAUCUUGGAUUCCUGCAGACUUCUGUUGGUGCUGAACACUAACUCCAGAGUACAGACAAGACAAAGCUCAAGUGAUGUUUCACAGGAAAGAAAAAAAAGAAAGGCUUCCAGGGCUGUUUAGUCUUGAAUUUCUUGAUUAGGAAACAAAACAAAAUGGGUUUGUAGUGGAACUUUUUUUAAUAGGUGCUUUUAGGGAAUUUUUACCUACAUGUCUGUUGAGUGCCAUCCUGAAGGACUGAUGGGGGAUUGCCAGUACUGUACAUAACUCCUUCGUGUCCUCUCCUCUCCCUCACCACCCCCUGUGCUUUUUGUACUUGUCCCAUGACUUUAAUGACUUGCCAUAAGCAGUUUAGGUACCAGUUGGAUCCUACCAAGCUGAAAUGCAAAGUAGCCUUAAUCAGAAGUGAUCCCAGGAUCACUGUAGUCAGUUGGGCUCACUUGGAUGAAUAAGGGCUAACGGAAGGAAUGACUUAUAGGAUCAGGCUUUUACCAACUCAUCCCUAAGAUCACCUUCUGCUCCCUUUGUACUUUGUGUGAAGGGCUGAUACCAACUUCUCCUGCAGUUUCUUCCAGCCAUUUGAAAAUGUUGCCUUAUAAACCAUUGGAAAUAAUAUAAAACCAAUUUUUUUUUUCAAUUCCUAACUACUUAGUUACUGCCUUAAAAUGAAAUAAAACAAAAAUCAAAAUCCUUUCAAGCUGCUGUGGAUUAGCAACAAAUGAUUUUGAGAUAGUAGCUGCAUUCGUAGCCCUUUACUGAAAGGGACCAGCAUUUUUAUUUAUAAAUACCAAAGAAGCUAAACAAUUAUAAGUUGUGAUGACUUGCUGUGAAAAAAGCAGCUCUCUAGUACUGUGUAUUGUGCAUUUUUAGUGCUGUGUUUGAAGUGUGACCCCUCAGGUCACUGAGCUCAAGGUGGUUUUUCAAAGGCAUGAGGAGCAGUUGGGUACCUCAUUCCUGUUGUCUUCCAGCAGAAGUUGGAUGUCUUUGAAUCCAGUCCUCUUGGACACACCUUCAGUGGUAGCAUCUGUAUCCCAGGUGCAUUUUAAGCCUGCUUCCUAUUCCAGUUUUUCACCAACUUUAGGGAAAAAAGUGUGUCCUACAGUGUCUCCUUCCCAGGAUCCAUAAUUCACUGCUAACUAAGGAUUUUGGAUGCCUGUUCCAUCUCCCAUGGUAGCCAAACAUUUUCCUUAGCUGCUUGUGUUUUGAGGUUGUUUGUAUCUUUGGCUCUUUUUUAUUAACCUGCAGUUGCUGGACUUGUAGGAGUAAUUCCAGUCUGAAUUUCCAGUGGAUCUGAACACCUUAUGCUGCCAGUUCAUCUCUGUAUCAUGCCUAGCACAAAGCUGCACUAAGUGUUUCUUAUCACUGUGCCCCGACUCUGCCUUAACCUCUUCAGUUGAAAAAGCAUUCUGUAAAUAUUUGAAAGCUGUUCCAAAAUUGCACUGUAAAAUUUGGCAGGUGUAGUCAACUUUUUAUGGCUAGAUCUCAUUGUGUUGUGUAAAUAAAUAAAAUCCACUUCCUAGACACAC